GUCCUUUUGCCUUUAGCUGAUUGGAUAAUUACUAUAACUCUUUUGUAAAAAAAAUAGGAAAGUAACUGCAGUUGAAAAUUUAAACCCGUCUUUCGCCGAAUCGUGAAUCAGGAAGUUUUGCAGAUUGGAUACCCAGAAUCUACAACCUUUUGAGAAAUUCUGUCAUUGCUGGUAGUGAUAGAAUAGAAAGAAAUGGGAUCUAAGAGAAAGAAGAAUCUCUCGCGAUCGCAGAGAAACAAGAAAAAUUAUGUAUGUAAAUGUAGAUCAAAGAAAAAUGUAACAAGCAUUCCUGAGCAAGGGAACUUUUCAACAGGCAUCCAUAAUGCUUUGCCGAGUACAUCAGGCACUUUACAGGUCACCGAGGAACUUCACAAUGCGAGCAAUUCACAGCUGAGGCCAUACGUUGAUGACUCAUCAGAUGAGGAUAUAGAGAUAAUGAGUCCAGAACACAAGAGGCGCCUGAAUGACUGUUUGGUGAAAUUGUUGGAAAAUAUGAUUCCUGAUGAAGUGCUCAAUAUUUUAUUGGCAAAGAAAGUAUUAACAAUCUCUGAGAUGGACACAGUUAAAAGUAAGGGAAUCCGUAUGGCUAUGAAUGAAAUGCUCAUUUCUUUGGUGACCUGCAAGCCAGAUAAAGCAUUUAGUGUACUUGUAGAGGCCCUGAAGAGAUCUGAGCAAAAGAAUUUGGCCAAGUUACUGACAUCUACCGAGUAUCGAAAACGGAAACCAGCAUUUGAAGGAAACAAAGAUGUCACUGAGGAUCGGAAGGCCGUACAGGCAGUUGAGAAGUUUGACAAGAAGGAGAGAGAACUACAAAUCUAUAACAUAGAGGGCAACUGGGAAUUCCUACGGGACAGCUUGCUGAGUGCCACUGACCAAAGCUGGUGCAAAGUCCUAUCCAGACCGAGGGUGAUGUGGAGGUGGAAUGAUGCUGUAGACAAGGCCAUUAGAGCAAAGAGACAGGCCUGGAAGUGUGGGGUUAGCAGGGAACUGUAUCAGAUAGCCCGAAGGAAAGCUAGGAGGCAGGUACAUUUAUCCAGGGAAGUAGCAGAAAAGAAGUUUGCCAAUGUUCUGUGACAUGAGGACCAGAGACUUGAAGUGUUUUGGAUUGCAAGACAGUGUGUGUGAGAAAAUCCUGAUGAGU